AUGGAGAAGUUUAUGCUAUGCACAUUAAUGUUGUUUGUCAUGACAUGGUUUGUUCAUGUAAACGGUAUUCUCCAUUUGGGUUCUGAAUGCUCACAAACUGGAAACACAACUGGUAAUACCAUCUACCAAGCAAACCUUAAAACCCUUUUAGAUUCUCUAGUCAACAACUCACCUCUUCAAGGAGGAUUCAUGAAUACCACCAUCGGAACUGGUUCAAAUCAAGUUUAUGGUCUUGCAUGGUGUCGAGCAGAUGUUUCUCCUAACACAUGCUCCAAGUGUUUGAACGAAUCCAUUAGCGUACCUUUAAGAGAUUGUCCUGAAAGCAAAGACUUGGUGAUAUGGUCGAGUUUGUGCAGUUUAAGGUUCUCAAACAAGAGUUUCUUUGGUGAACUUUGGAACAGCUCUUCAUCAUCAAGCUAUGGUGGAAACACACUCGAUGAAGCUUCAGUGUUUUCAAGAGGGUUUGCGAUGUGGAAGGACUAG